CUUAUUAUGUACACGGACGCACGGACGCACGCACGAACACACGCUCCCGCGCGCGCACAUUAUUAUCGAUAUCUCUCGGCGACCGACGGCUACAGCGGUGAUGACAAGGUAGCAGUGGCACUGUGGCAGCGUCGUACGGCGUCUAUCUCUAUAUUAAUAAUAUACGCGCGACGGCGGCGGCAAACCACCAACCGACCACGACCACCAGUCAACACUGCGAUUCUGCUCCGUCUACCACUGUCCGCGUCCGCGUACCGACAUCGACGGAACCGAUCGCCGCUGACGACUUUGCCGUAAACACGACGCGGCUGAACGACGCGCGCGGAACCACUCUGGCGGUGCCGACUACUUUGAGCGCAGUUCGCAACUAGUUCGAUUCUGAGUGCCGAUCGCCAACAUUUUAUCUUUUUCGUUUACCAACAUCUUUGCCGCUUUAAUUACAACCCGUUAUUGUUAUUGUUGUCGUCAUCGGCGUUUUUGAGUUCGAGGCGCGCCCGCCACAAGUACGCGUCCUCACUCCACCGCGCCGGACACUCCGUCACCAGUGUGGUGCCAUCGUUUCGCCUGAUAAAUCACAAUAGUGUUUAUUCCGUAUGAAUUUUCGUUGCUGCCCGAAAUACUCGCGACUGUGACCGAGUGGUCAUUUUGCGUUUCGUCGUACCUCGCUCCGACGAUUUGUAACGAACAACAUCGCCUGGUACGCGAAAUUCUGAGCAUGUCUGAGGAGUCAACAACUGCAGUCGAUGCAAUGUCAGUGCCAGAUACAAGUGGCAGUGGAGGUGGUUAUCGUCACAAGCACUGGUACUGAAAUCGACGAUUAGGAACUUUUUGCACACAAUUGCUCAAAGAGUGCGGAAUUYACGUUUAGAAAUUGUAAUUAAUAAAUAUUCAUCAUUUACCGAAAAAAGACUAAUAUGAGGCAGGGACGUGGUGGCCAACGUAGUAAAAAGUCUGGAUGCAGUAGACGGGGCGGAGGAGCUGGAGGAGGCAGUGUUGGCGGAGCUGGUAAUGCAGGAGGUGGUGGUGGUUCAGCUGUAGCUUUAGCUGCAACUCUAGUAGAUGAUGGUAUAGGUGGCGGUGGUGUACCUGGAGGACCCGGAGGAUCAGCAGCAGCCGCCGCUGCCGCUGCUGCUGCAGCUGCAGCAGCUGCGGCUUCAUCAUGGAAAACUGGCGGAGGUCCAGGAGGACCAGGCAGUGGUCCAGGAGAUCCGUUUGGCAUGGGAUAUGGAGGUGGCCCUGGAGGACCUGGAAGUGGUGGUCCAUACCAGCAACAUCAUCAACAGCAAGGUCACCAGUCCCCGUCAUUGUUCCAUCAGCAACAAGGUUCUCCUGCGCCUGGAGGUGGUCCUUAUGGUGGUGGUGGUGGUGGUGGAAACAGUACUCCUCAACAUCAACAACAGCAACACUAUAGCCCAUCAACUCCCGGGGGCGGUGGUUCUUCAACCCCUGUACCUUAUGGUGGUGGACCAGGCACACCAAAUAGCCAGCAUGGUGGUGGUGGUGGACCAUUUAAUGGCGGCGGUGGUGGAGCGCAGAUGCCUUUCGGAUCACCAUCUUCAGUCAGUUCUGGUGGUGGAGGAUUUGGUAGCGGUGGCCCCGGAAGCAAUCGACCAGGGUCUGGACCUCCACCCCCUCAACAAUCACCAUUCGGUGGUCAGCAAUUUUAUGGUGGCAGUGGUGGUGGCCCCAUGCCUCCCGGAUCACCAUUUAGUCAACAACAGCAGAUGAUGAAUCAUCAUGGUGGUGGCGGUGGAGCUGGCGGAGGAAUGAUGAAUGCUUCAGACACGGGUCCUGGCGGUCGAAUGAUGGUUGACCAUCCKUCGUGUUUCCCAUCAUCAAUGGUAGGAGGACCCAGCGGACCUGGUGGUGGUGGUGGUCGCCGAGGAUAUGCAGGACCCGGAGGAUAUGGUAGUGGACCACCUGGUCAUCAUGGUGGUGGACCGCCAGGACAUCAUGGUGGUAGCGUGUUAGGAGGUCCACACGGUGGACCUCCAGGACAUUUAGGUGGUGGUGUGCACCAUAAUAGCCCCUCUGGACACCACGGAGGGCCACCUAGUGGUCCACCCCAUCAUGGUGGUGGUGGACCCCCGGGACACCAUGGAGGUCCUCCACACCAUGGUGGUCCACCCGGAAGUGGGCCCCAUGGUGGACCUCCUCACCCACAUGGCGGAGGUGGACCACCACACCAUGGUGGUGGCGUUCCUCUUCACCCACAUGGUGGAGCAGGAGUCCCACCACAUGGGCCACCACAUCAUCCACAUGGCCCUCCRCAUCAUGGUGGUCCGCACGGACCUCCACCACCACCCCACCCCCAUCCACCACAUGCACAUCAUGUGCAGCCUGAUUAUCGGAUAUUUGAAUUGAAUAAAAGGCUGCAAAAUCGUAAUGAGGACAGUGACAAUGUAUGGUGGGACCAGUUUGCCACAGAGUUUUUUGAAGAUGAUGCCACGUUAACACUGACAUUUUGCUUAGAAGAUGGUCCUAAGCGUUACUCUAUAGGACGGACCCUGAUUCCUAGAUAUUUUAGGUCAAUAUUUGAAGGUGGAGUUACUGAUUUGUAUUAUCAUUUGAGAGCUAAUGCUACCAAGGAGUCAUUUCAUAAUACCAGUCUUACUCUGGACUGUGAUCAUUGUACCAUGGUGACCACACAUUUGACUUCAAGCCCUGGUGGCGGGCCACCGUCUUCCAUUGCUCAGUCGCCAGGACCUGGUGGUCCGGGCAACGUUGGAGGAGGACCUCCCGCAUCACUUAAUGGUGGUAUAGGAAUGCAAAAAUCCUUGGUGGCUCAGGGUCCUCCAUCAUCACAGCAAUCAGUGCUUGGUGGUGGUGGACCAAUGGGUGGUGCAGGAGGCCCUCCAUCACCGCCCGUAUAUACCAGGGUGUGCACUGAAGGUAGGCUAACGUUGGAAUUCACGUAUGACGAUAUGAUGCGUAUUCGGACGUGGCAUUUAGCGGUUAGACAACACAGGGAAUUGGUUCCAAGAUCGUCUGCCGCUGCAGCUGUUGCAGCGGUUGUUAUGAUGCAACAAGGAGGACCUGGUGGUGGUGGUGAUGGUGGACCACCAGGUGGACCCCCGCCACCUAAUGCUGAAAUUGUUCACCAGCAAGUGGCAAAAAACAUCACACGACAGGGCAUUACAAACUCGACGCUCAAUUACCUGAGACUAUGCGUCAUAUUGGAACCCAUGCAAGAACUUAUGUCCAGGCACAAAGCUUAUGCCCUUAGUCCUAGAGACUGUCUGAAGACUACUCUAUUUCAAAAGUGGCAACGUAUGGUAGCACCACCAGAAUCACAGAGACCAGCCAAUAAAAGACGCAAACGUAAGGGCAGUAACUCUGGUGCUGGUGGAGGUCCUCCAACCACACUUGGUGGUGGCGGACCUGGUGGUGGACCUGGUGGCGGGCCCACUUCUGCUUCAAAGAAACGAAGUCCAGGACCAAAUGGUGGCGGUGGCGGGGGCGGUGGAGCUGGUGGCGCAGGGUUCAACCUAGCAUCACAGGACGUGAUGGUUGUUGGAGAACCAUCGCUGAUGGGUGGAGAAUUUGGAGACGAAGAUGAACGUUUGAUCACCCGACUGGAAAAUACCCAGUAUGAUGCUGCGGCGGCGGCUGCUGCUGCUGCCGCUGCYGCUGCUGCUGCAGCUGCAGCUGCUAACUCAGCGGCAGCGUCAGUAAUGGGUGUUGGCCCUGGUGGUCCAGGAUCCGUAGGUUCAGCAGGAGGCAAUGACAUGCAACAGCAUAUAGGUGGUGGUGGAGGUGGACCCGGUGGUAUGGGACCUGGUAGUGGAGGUGGACCUGGCGGAAUGGGAUCAGUCAGUGGCGGAGGACAAAUGAAUGUUGGUGGACCUGGAGGACAAAUGGGACCAGGAGGUCUAAUGGGUGGUGAUUCUCUAUUUCCACCACCUGGAUCUGGUGCAGAUGGCAGCGCCCCAGGAACGCCAACUGGUGGUAGUGGUGGUGGAGGUGUGGUUUCUCAGUCAUCAUCUUCAAAUAAUCCUAAUGGCCUUCAGCAACAGCAACAAAAUUCUUGGGUAACUGGACCACCAAGUAGCGGUGGCAGUGGUGGGGGACCUCCAAGUGGUGGCCAAUCAGUACAAAAUAGUGGUGUACAACAACAACAGAAUCCGGGUAGUAAUCCUGGAGCCGGAGGUGGAUCAUCUAUUGGAGGUAAUGGAAACCCUGGAAGCAAUGGUGGUCYAAAUAGUGUUGGUGAUUCCAUCUCAUCUGGUGGUGGCGACAAAAAGUCUCCAGCUUCUGCCGCUUCCGUACAACAGCAACAACAACAUAUGGGAUUGUAAAUAACACUGCCAAUCAAUACACAUAAUACUAAAAAUGCCUUGUCAUUUUUUGUUGAUGUGCACACCAAACAUACACAGUAUAAAACAAACAAUGUUUAUAUCAUAAAAUAUUUACAUCGCUUUAUAAGUAUACGCCAAAUCAGCGAAUUUUAUUGAUUGUUUUAUUUUUAUUUUAUAUUAUUAUUAUUUUUUUUAUUAUUAUUAUUAUUACUAUUAUAAUGUAAAUACAAUGACAUUUAUUACAAUUGAAAAAAUUCAUUUUUAGAAUUUUUAUAGACGCGGACAAUUUUUGACUACUAUUAUUACUUAAUAUUAUUACUAUUCUAUCAAUAUUGA